AUGAAGAAACACGAAAAACAAACUAGGACCGGGCGUCUUUACUGUGCUGGGGCCGAAGUGGAGAUGACGAACAAGGGGGGGAGAGGAGGCACCUGGGUGACAGCUAAGGUGUCAACUUCGGUCAAGGCUCCGAUGAGGCGCCCUUUGCAAGCUGUGCCAUCUCGUACCACAUAUUGCAGGCUGCAUCGUAAAGCACAGAAGCACAGCACAGCACAGGACAGCACAGGGCCGGCCCAGCCUGGCUUGUCUCUCGUUUAUUUUGAAAGUAUAUCUUACGAAGGUUGCGCGAUGAGGAAACAGAAACAAGCACAAGCAAGCAGACGCAUGGAAUAA